GAAAAAAAUAUAUAUAACAAUAUUAAUAACAACAAUAAUCAGCUAUGAGCUCUUACGUAGCCAACUCAUUUUAUAAGCAAAGUCAAAAUGUUCCUGCCUAUUCAAUGCAAAGUUAUGGGAAUUACGGAUCUGUACCCGAAGUCCCUUCAUCCAGGUAUUGCUACAGUGGGCUGGAUCUGAGUAUUACAUUCCCUUCUCCUGGUUCAUCUAACUCUCUGAACGGUCUGGACAUGCCUUCAAAUCCCACUCCUAACUCUGAGCGGCCCUCCUGUACAGUUAUGGGAUCUUCUCUGGGUAGAGGAGAGCACAGUAGCCUCAGCCCUGGGAUUUACAAAACUGGGAGCACUUCGCUGGAGGAGAGAUCUAAGGGACUUGAGAACAUCAAAGCAGAACCGAUACAAACAACUUCUCAAGCAGGUCAGCAGCAAGUCACAGCAGCUACACCACAGCAGCAGCAACAACAACAGCAGCAGCAACAACAGCAGCAACAGCCACCACAAAUAUAUCCUUGGAUGACCAAACUACACAUGAGCCAUGAAACGGACGGAAAACGUUCUAGGACAAGUUACACUCGGUACCAGACCCUGGAGUUAGAGAAGGAAUUCCAUUUUAACCGAUACCUGACCCGCCGAAGGCGCAUAGAGAUAGCGAAUAACCUCUGUCUAAACGAAAGGCAAAUCAAGAUUUGGUUUCAAAACCGAAGAAUGAAAUGGAAAAAAGAUUCUAAAGUGAAAAGCAAAGACUCUAUGUAAAAAGGAACAACAAAGGCGAAUCUGGGGAGGAACAUAGUCCAUAUCUAAGUUUUAUUACACCCAAAUAUUGAAACUUUAUCAUUUUGUUUGAGGGGGUGAUGAGAUUGGGAAAUGACUAUAGGGAUUCUAAGUCUUUCCUACUAUAACCCUCUUUAUCUAAAUUAUGACACUCGCUCAUAACUUUUCAAAGCAAGAUAAUGUAUAGAACAGUCUCUUGUCCCUUUAAGUGUUCUAUUUUUACAAUUUCAUGUAAAGGUAAAACUGUGGAAAAGUGUAUAGGGAGUUAGCCCCCUGUUUAUUUGUGCAAGCCCCCAUUGUAGUAGGCUUGCAAGCUGUGCAGGGUCAAGGAAAGUUCUUGAGCGAAAAAAAUGCUAAUUGGGAUACUAGGUUGAAAAGGGCAGAGAAAGUGUGGCUGUAUUAUAUGAUGCCUCUAAGGACUGGACUCAUAUCUUUGGUAAAUGGCUAGCUGUGAAAAUAAUAAGAAAAUAAAAAUCAUGAAUAGGAUUUGAAAAGUAAACUUCCUGGAUUGUAAAAUAAAGACUAGGACAGACUCAGUGGAGUAGGGGGAUUUAAAAAAAAAAAUUAAAAUAAAUACCAAUUGGUUUGCCCAGAGCACUUGUAUAGUCUUUUGCAAAUGGCAAGACACAAUGAAAUGACUUCGCAUCAUACUAGAUAAUGUUUAUAUUUAAAAAUUACUUAGGGGGCAAAUGUACCCACUUUGGAAACUCUUUUAAGUUUUUCCCUCCAGACACUUUAGUAUACUCUGUAAAAAACAAACAAACAAAAAAAGUGUUUGUGUAAAGCAUUUUGGCAUGAUGGAAAGAAAAAGAAAAAAAUCAGAAAAAAAUCAGAAAAAAAAAAUAGUAAAAGGCAGACUUUGUUUUAAUGUGUAAUUUAUUUUAUUUUUUUGCGUAAUUAAUGCUGAAAUGUAUAAAGCCAAUUUGUACGUCAUUGUUUUAAUAUAAUCCUUUUUAGUCAAUUUUAUUGGAUAAUGUACUUCAUAUAUUUAUUGGUUGCUUUUUUCAUAUGUGAGAAAUCAUGAAACCUAUAUUUUGUCAUAUUGA